AAGCUUUGAACAAUGUGAGGAGUUUGUUUACUUGGGCACAAUGGUGACUAGUGAUAACAAUCCCAGCCGAGAGAUCAGUAGACGCAUCAUGAUGGCAAACCGCAGCUACUUUGGCCUUCGCAGAUAUUUCCAAUCGCGACUUCUCAGGAAGAAUACCAAGCUUGUUGGACCUCUGCUGCGACCAGUGCGAUUGUACUGCUGAAAGUGAAAAAAAUAACAGUCAUAGAAUCGUGGUGUACAAGAAGUUACACGACGACUAUAUCGCCGAUAUUGUCUAUAAUGUUUAUCAUCUUCCUAGCCUGUGUACAAUAUUUCAUCUGUGGCGCGGGGCGCCCACUUUCUGUUAUUAUAUUCAAUAUUUUGUAUUUUUACUGUUCACAAGAAAUUAAACAAGAUCGUGUAUUAAGGGAUUGAAUUAAAGUGAAAUUUAAUGAAUUCGGAUAUAAAAGUUCCAUUAAAAAUAUAACGAAAUGAUUACUUUUUUUUUCAAAUUAAUUUAGCACCAUCGUCAUUUUUAAUGCGUAGAAAGGUAAAAUAUACAGUUGUUCUGAGACAAAGGAGGCGUAAUUAGCAGUAAGUAAGUGGCAGUGAAGGGAGAUGUCGCGAGAAGGCGAAGUCGAAGGAGCAGAGAAAGCACUGCUAGAAAACAUUGCUAACGAGCUUAUGCAGGAGUGCAGGCAUAGCGCGCCUGGAGCUCGUCUUACUGCCCGAGUGCGCACUGCACUUGAAAGAUUGUCUCCAGUCCAAAGACGCGAAGUCGUGUCUCCUACCCGUGAUGGCUGUGCGCCAUUGUUCGUCGCGUGCCGGCGUGGCAACGCUGAGUUAGCUGAGUACCUUGUGCACGUGUGUGAUGCUCCUCUGGAGCAGCGCGGUGUCUAUGAAGUACCAGAUGAUCGUUCAGCGCACUCCGUCACGCCUUUGUGGUGCGCCGCCGUGGCCGGACGCCUUGCUGCCCUCACAGUACUUGCCGAUGCGGGAGCCGACCUCGACGCCGCCUCCGACUCGGGCUCUACGCCUGUACGCUCCGCUUGCUUCAUGACGCACUUGGACGUGGUAGAAUUUCUCGUGCAACGGGGCGCUGACGUUAACCGGCCCAACCAUCACGGAGGUACAUGCCUCAUUAACUCAGUGCAGUCGGCACGUCUUUGUGCCUAUCUAUUGCAGCACGGUGCGCGAGUCGACGCCUGUGAUACCCAGAACAAAACUGCCCUCCACUAUGCAAUCCAGGAGCACCGAGUUGAAACCGCGCGCCUGCUUCUACGCCAUGGCGCAUCGCCGCAUCUAACGUCGCGCGCCGGUGACGACGCUCUGCGGACUGCCUGCCUCAAAGGCGCCUCACAAAUCGUUGCGCUCCUACUGGCCUCGGUACCAUACGGGUCCGAGCGCUGCGCCGACGCACACGAAUUGCUCGGUGCUACGCAGCUCGACGAGUUCAACGACGUCGCUGCGGCUCUAGCGUCUUGGCGUCGCGCCACCGAAAUUCGUUACGAGGUCGACGGCUACAUCGAGAAGCGACCGUGGCAGCCGCAGGAACCGGACGGGGAAGCGCUUAGGGCGGUCGCCGGCGACGCUCUCGAAGGAGCCCACGAGUGGCGCACGCUCGAAGAACUCGAGGAGUUGGCGACGGACGCGGAUUUGCUGCGAACGCAGGCGUUGCUGGUGGCUUCGAGAACACUAGGCCCCUCGCACAAGGACUGCAUGUUUCGCCUCAUGUAUCGAGGCGCCGCUUACGCCGACGCUGGCCGGUAUCAGCGUUGCGUCGAUCUGUGGACCUGGGCGCUGCACGUGCGAAUCGUGCGCGACACGCUACUGCACGCAGACGCUUGUCACACCGCCAGUGCCCUCACGCGCCUUUUGCUCGACGCGCAGGCGGGCCGUCUCGAACGUGCCGUCGGUAUGCCGCGUCACGAGGACGUGGCGCGCGUUUUUGAACUCGUCGCUGGUCACCUACCGGAGUGCCGACGUUAUUUAAACGCGAGACCGAUGCACAAGAAACAGGCGGAGACGUUUGAUCGUGCGCUGCGAUGCGUGACACACUUGCUGCAUCUACUAUUGGUGACGGCGCGCGAUGACCGGCAGCGCGAAAGUACAGCGGCAGCUACUCGGCGCCUGGUGGAGGCCGACGUACGCAGCGCGCACACAGGCGAUACUCUGUUGCAUCUGGUGGUUUCGCGGCUAAACGUGGUGCGGUCGACGUACUUCACGGAAGAGGCGGGCGUCGCGAGCGUGUUUCCGAGUGCCGAGGUGGCUAAACUACUGCUGGCGUGCGGCGCCAAUCCCCGUGUUCGCAACGAGGCGCGGUCGACGGCGCUGCACGUGGCGGCCAUUCCCUACAACCAGUCUAUGCAAGUGGUCGAGACGUUGUUAGCGGGCGGUGCACAUCUGGACCAGCCCAACAAGUUCGGCGACUCAGCGGGCGAAUUGCUGGAUUUGAGUGGUGGCGCGCAAAUACGGCCUCUGGUUCACAUGACCCUGGCUUGUUUCGCAGCUCGCGCUCUGCUUGAGGCCGCACCGCCACCCCCACACUUGCCCGCCGCUCAAACGUUUUACGCCCAAUUGCUGCCGCGCACCCUGCUCGAAUUUCUUGAUCUUCAUCGCCCCUUGCUGCCGCCGUAGUUUAUUAUUAUAAGGAUCUUAUAAUUAAUUAUUAAAAUAAUAAAUAUCGUCGUCUGUAAACAUAUUCAUUAUAAUGUAUAUAUUAUGUUGUAUAUUUGGAAAUAAUUAAAAGUUAAUCUAAUUAAAAAAUCGUAUUUUUGCCGCACUGAGUACAUAGGUAUGUAUGAAUACCUAAAAAAACCUUAUUGUCUAUUACCAAAGACAAUUCAAAUAAAAUACCAGAAAUGUUGGAGUAAUAAAAUAAAUGUUUAAAUUGACUAUACAGGGAUGGCGCCAGUGUUAAGUGCAAAUCCUUGAUAUCAGGUAAUCUAAGAAAAAAUUCAACCUUUCUCAAGUUUUGCUUUAACUCAGUUCGAAUCGUUGCAACUUGCAAUGUAAUUAUCGUAUAGAGACUGGCUAAUGAAAGAAGAUAACGAAAAAGCGCGGCAAAUUAAAAAAAAAAUAGUAUGGUAUUCCUAAAACUUUGAUAUAGGUAUUUUGUGGAUUAAACUUACUUGAUACUUGAUUUUAUUAUUAUUUACAUUGAUAGUAACUGUAUUUCUAUGAAAUUAAAUACUAUACGU